CAGCCCACUGCUUCUCUGCUCAAACGUCCCGCCCUGCAAGAAUAAAAAGAUAUACGCACCCGGUAGAACUCAUUAGUCAUAAGUUCCCUCCAAAUUCAUUACAUACGGAUGUACCCGCAGAAAUCGUGAGGCUGCGAGGGGGGAUGACUCAGUUCUGGAAACCUGGUUCCGAGAGGCCUCGCCUCAUCGACGAUGAAGAAGGCGGAGUUCUGUUCUACGCUUCUGCUUCCUCCACCUCCUCCGGAUUUGGUUAUUCUAGCAUUGAGAAGCAGAGACAGAGGCUCCCAGUAUUUAAGUACCGUACUGCCAUUCUCUAUCUAGUUGAGACUUACGGCACCACCAUUAUUGUUGGCGAGACUGGUAGUGGUAAAACCACUCAGAUUCCUCAGUUCCUCAAAGAAGCAGGUUGGGCUGAGGGUGGAAGAAUGAUAGCUUGCACACAGCCAAGACGGUUGGCUGUUCAGGCUGUUGCUUCAAGGGUAGCUGAAGAGAUGGGUGUUAAGCUAGGAGAGGAAGUUGGGUACACUAUACGUUUUGAAGAUCUUACAGAUCAAAAUGUUACCAGGAUCAAGUUUCUCACAGAUGGAGUGCUGCUUAGGGAAAUGAUGGAUGACCCUCUUUUGACCAGAUAUAGUGUUAUAAUGGUAGAUGAGGCUCAUGAAAGGUCCAUUUCGACUGAUAUCUUAUUGGGUCUCCUGAAAAAGAUCCAACGACGCAGACCCGAGUUGCGUCUGAUAAUCGCCUCUGCUACAAUUGAGGCCAAAUCAAUGUCUGAUUUCUUCUGCAACAGCAAGCGACGAAAGGGGCAAGGAAGUAAUGAACAUGGACCAAGACCAGAGCCUGCUAUUCUAUCAGUUGAAGGUAGAGGGUAUAAUGUACAAGUUCAUUAUCUUGAAGAACCUGUUUCUGACUAUCUGCAAGCCGCUGUUUCAACUGUCUUGUUGAUUCACGAUCAGGAACCUAUGGGCGAUAUUCUGGUAUUCCUCACAGGUCAAGAUGAUAUUGAUGCUGCUGUUCAGUUGCUGACAGAGGAAGUUCACAAUCAAAGAAAACAGUCCUCAAGGUUGAUCAUCUUGCCUUUGUACUCUGGGCUUCCACGUGCAGAGCAGGACCUUGUGUUUUCUCCCACACCUAGAGGCCAGAGAAAGGUUAUAAUAUCAACUAAUAUUGCUGAGACAUCAUUGACGUUGGAGGGGAUUGUUUAUGUUGUGGAUUGUGGGUUUUCAAAACAACGCUUCUAUAAUCCGAUUUCAGAUAUUGAAAAUUUAUUAGUGGCACCAAUAUCGAAGGCAUCUGCCCGACAGAGGGCUGGUAGAGCUGGGAGAGUACGUCCUGGGAAAUGUUAUAGGCUGUAUACAGAAGAGUACUUUGUGAAGGAAAUGCCUGCUGAAGGAAUUCCAGAGAUGCAGAGAUCAAAUCUUGUUCCUUGUGUAAUUCAAUUAAAGGCCUUAGGCAUAGAUAAUAUUUUAGGCUUUGAUUGGCCAGCAAGUCCGUCUCCAGAAGCAAUGGUUAGAGCACUGGAAGUUCUAUAUGCACUCGGGAUCCUUGAUGAUGAUGCGAAGCUUACUUCACCCACUGGAUUUCAAGUUGCUGAGUUUCCAUUAGAUCCAAUGAUCUCAAAAAUGAUUUUAUCUGCAAACCAACUGGGAUGUUCAGAGGAAAUUAUCACCAUUGCAGCAAUUCUGUCUGUUCAGUCUAUCUGGGUUUCUAUUAGGGGAGCACAUAAGGAGUUGGAUGAAGCCAAACUGCGAUUUGCUGCUGCUGAGGGUGAUCUUGUGACAUACCUGAAUGUAUAUAAAGGGUUUCUUCAGGCUGGUAAAUCUUCUCAGUGGUGUCAUAAAAACUGUAUCAAUUAUCAAGCAAUGAAGAAGGUUAUUGAAAUUAGAGGGCAACUCCGCAGGGUAGCACAAAGGCUAGGCAUAGUAUUAAAAGCAUGUGAUAGGGACACAGAGGUACUGAGGAAGGCAGUUACUGCUGGAAUUUUUGCUAAUGCAUGUCGUUUGGAAACAUUCAGUCAGAGUGGGAUGUAUAAGACUAUUAGGACUUCUCAAGAAGUUUAUAUCCAUCCAUCAUCUGUGCUGUUCAGGGUAAAUCCGAAGUGGAUUGUCUACCAUUCUCUUGUCUCCACUGAUCGGCAUUAUUUGCGCAAUGUAACUGUUAUUGAUCCUUCAUGGUUAAUAGAGGCUGCUCCUCACUUUUAUCAGCACCAGAUGAUAAAUUCUGUUGCUCAGUGACUCCAUUGAAGGAGAGGGAAGCAAAGACCUUUGACGGAAGGAUUUGAAAUGGAUGACAGAUCAAUAACUUGAGCCUAACAGGGAACUGCAACUUGAUGAGUCAGAAAAUGAUGCAGUGGAAUAAUCCUUGCCGAAACAUGCUUCAGUCUUGGUGACAAUAUAAAUUAUACAGAGAGCUGUUGUUGGUUUAUUGAGAAAGAAAUAAUGCAAUUUGAGUAUAUGGACAAGCAAAUGUUAGAAUUUGUCAUUUUUUCCUUUUAAUCAUACUGUCUCAAAGCAGCCAAGGGUUUCAUUGUUUUGCGGCUUCUUCAUAUAUUGCAUAAAUCAAACAAAAAUUGCAUAGUCUUCCCAACAUUUUUGUUCUUUAGAGGAAAAUAAGCAGAAGAAUGUGUCUCGGAUACUCUCUGUUUGAAAUGACCUUGUGCCUUGUAUGAUGUUCUGUCCCGUGCCCUCAUUGGUGCCACCUGCUAACUUGCCAGCCGGUGGCAAGUUUGAUUUUCUAGAAGAAGUUAGGGACACCAGAUUAUCUAGUUGAGUGCAAUUUUUUAUUUCAUUAUUAACUUCUUUAAUGUCUUUUUUCGAUCUUUCACAGUCAAUAUGAUAAUGGGUGGUGAAAAUCCUUUUUCCAUCAGUAAUUGUAUAGUGGCUACUGAUAUGUUCUCAAGCCAUUGUAGAAAAAAUAUUGUAAUACUAGAUAUUUACAUACUUCGACGGCUAAUAUCUAUCGGACUUGUAUUCAAAUCUUACACAUCAAAGAUGUUAGUUGAUGGAUCACCAACA